AUGGAGCAGCAAGCAGGACCACCAAAGCCAAGACCUGCAGGACCCAGCACACAUCCACAGCCCAAGGAGGGGAUGCUCUGGGGGGUCCUCGCCAUCCUGUCACUGCUGGCCGGGCUGGCGGCAGGCACCGUGCGAACCCCGCACUGCAACAAGACGUUGGAUGCAGCCCCCACACCGCGGGGCACGGCCACUGCCAGCGUGGAGGAUGGCGUGGAGGUACCACUCACCUGGAGCCAGCCGCACGGUGACAACGUGACGACAGGAGCCCCGGGUGGCGUGGAGCUGGCAGAGGACCUGUUGCUUCGUGCUGAGCGCUCGCCACCAGGCACCGGCAAAGCCAAGAAGGGACAGAGGAAACCUUCGCGUGGCGCCCGCGGGCGCAACUGCCACAUCCGCAACCUGAUGGUGAAGGUGCGCGACCUGGGGCUGGGCUUCAACUCGGACGAGAUCGUGCUCUUCAAGUACUGCAGCGGGUCGUGCCACCGGGCGCGCAGCAACUACGACCUGACGCUGGGCAGCCUGCUGCGGCAGCAGCUCAUUGUGCCGGGGCCGCAGGAGCGCGUGCUCAGCCACCCCUGCUGCCGGCCCACGCGCUACGAGGCCGUGUCCUUCAUGGAUGUGCAGAACACGUGGCAGACGGUGGAGAAGCUCUCGGCGGCCGAGUGCAGCUGCAUCGGUUGAUGGGGAGCUGCCGGCUCAGCCUCGGCUCGACGCAUGCUGCCGAUCCCCAGCCUGGAGGGAGGCAGAACGCUGGUCCCGAUGUGAUAUGGCCACGAGGGACCGAGGUGAUGUGGCUGUUAAGGAGGGGCGGUUCUGCAACUGAGCUCCUCCGCUCAGUGCCAAGCAGAGAGCCAGGGGGUGCACCCCAACCUGGGAGAGAUGGAGGGGAUGGAGCAUCCCUGUGCCGGACUGCUGCUCUCACAUCUCCGCGAGCAUCGGAGGGGACAGGAGUAGGGCAGGAGGGGGCACCCAGGGGGGCUCUCCCUGAGAACAUGGGCCAACAUGCAGCAGCAUGGGGCAACACCCAACCCCAGCCCUGGGUCCCUGCCCGGCUCCAAGGGUCCCCGCGGCGCUGUGGCACUCAACUAUUUAUUGCUCUAAGUUAUUUAUUUAUUGUUCUCGAGCGGCAGCUCCUAUUUAUGACUUUGGGCCCGCGGGGCCGGAUGUAAUGCAACCCCAGCGCUGAUGCGAAGCCCCGGCCUUGGGCUCCUCGUGCCCGCAGCGUUUUUUGUUUUGGUUUGGUUUUUCUAUUAUUUGUUUUUAAAAAAACAAAAACAAAAAAACGGGAGGAUAAACUCUAUUUUUGUACAGCCGCCUU